AUGGGACAUCGUGCGCUGCCUACUAAAGAAUUACGCCACCGUCGGCAUCUAGAUAUGACGGGUACUUGUCUGAUUUGUGGAGAUGGAAUGGAGACUUGGGCGCACAUAUUCUUCGAGUGCUCGUGGACUUCUCAGGUUUGGGCCAGGUUAGUUCAUUGUGGUUUUCCUUACAGGCUGGCUUAUUCAAUCCCCCGUGAUAGCCAAGUUCUGGAAUUUAUUGCUCAGGCACCGGCGGUUUUGCGAUUUGCCCUUUGGUUUAUGUGGCGGGAACGUAAUAAUAGGGUGUUCGGAAAUAAUCCUAAUUCUCCCUUUGGUGUAGCCAAGGAAAUUCUAGCGUUUUUCCAAUGGUGGCAGGAUACUCGGCGGCGGGCGAAUAGGUUUAAGGUUGGGGCUAGUCGGGUCAAUUUGCAGAAAACGGUUACAUGGAAUCCAUUUCAUCGUACGGGCAUCAUCUUGCAUACUGACGGUUCGUCCAUGGGUAACCCGGGCCCAUCUGGGUUCGGAGCUGUCUUGCGCAACCAUGAGGGGGAGUGGAUCGAGGGCAUUUCAGGGAAUAUAGACACACCGACAUGGUGCACACCAACCAACGGCCUCUCACGGAGCGCCGCCGCAACCGCUGGACGUGAAGAUGCACAUCCCGCCACCAUCGUCCCGUCGGAGAGCCACCACAAUCGUCCAGUCGGAGAGCCGCCGCCAUCGUCCCGUUGGAGAGCCGCCGCGCACGGUAAUAAGCCACAACCAUUCGCCUCCGACUGGCACUUCACACCAGCGCAAGAUCAGCCAUACCCACAGCCACUGCUCGAUCUCGCCGCCAAAGGCCGCCGCUCGCCUUGCUGUCGCUCUGCCCGUCACUGUUUGACGAGGAUGAUGCGCCGGCGACGUCUCCGCCUUUCCCACAGCCACGUCUGCCCGUCCCGAAGCCGAAAAACCGAUAACAACCACCAACGAUCUGAUAGCAAGGGUUGGAGAAGAAGCAAUGCGUGA